UUGGAAAGCAGGAUGGCUGUAUUCUCAAACAGCAGUAUAGCGAGCGGACGUUCGGAGUCCAUUGUCACCGCAUCUAACGGUCACUUAGUUACCAAAUCCUCGUCGCCUACUUUGAUGACUCACCAUUCGCAUGCGACAGCAGAAGAAUACACGAACUGUCAGAUGCGUGACAAUAGCGUGAGUCACGAGAUGGGGGCAAUGAAAGACCACGGGGGAUUAAGAGGGGAGAAGAUGAGGGGGAGGAGGCCAAGUCCCUGUUUGACGACUAGUCCAGUCACUGUGUGUGAGUGUGGGCACGAGACUAAACCUAGACUCCUAACACAGACCACGUCCAGCGAUUGGAACAGACGAGCAGCUAUCAUUCUCCUCCGCACCCUCUUCAUUAUGACUCUUUACCUGUUCUUGGGGACCAUCACCUUCACAAUGAUCGAAAAACCAGCAGAAGAGGAUCGUCUUCUGCUCAUCAAACGCACGAUGGAGUCUCGCAUCAUCAACCUGACAGACUCCAUUGUCAAUGGUACUGUACAUCAGCUGUGCGGACCUGACGAUGUCGAAUCCUGUCAAUCAAAAGUCAACUUCACCAUCCUCGAAUCAGAGGCUUUCGCAAUUAUGAAUGAGAUUUUGUUGGAGCUGGAGGUGCAUGAGUUCGAGGCUGACCCGGCCAGUGACGAGAUCCACCCCCACUGGGGAUUCACAGGUGCAUUCCACUUUUGCAUCACAACCAUCACCACCAUAGGGUACGGCAACUUUGCCCCUGAGACGGAUGGGGGGAGGGUGCUGACAGUGUUCUACUGCCUACUAGGCAUCCCCCUCUUUUUCUUCCUUUGCAGUCAGUGUUGCCGACUCUUCAGCUACAUGUUCCUCAAAGUCCGCUGCAAGGUCAAUGUCAGCAAGUCCAGAAUCAGAAGGACCAUCUACUACAUCUGCUGCAUAGUGUCUUUGCAGUCGUUCAUCUUCAUAUUGCCAGUGUUGAUUUUGACACUACAGGAGAAGAUGAAUACUCUGUCUGCUGUGUACUUUCUAGUGGCCACUCUCACUACUGUCGGAUACGGAGACCUGAACCCACUUGACCCCGUCACAAAUGCCCACGGCACAUUACACCAGGUGCUGCUGAAUAUCGGCACUUGGGUCUACAUGAUUGUGGGACUGUCUCUAUUCGGAAAUCUCAUCAGAUUUAUUCAGUACAGAAUCGAGACACUCACAGGAUGCUGCGUCAAUAAUGUAAAACAGGUGAAAUCUUUUUGCUCUCAAUGCUUGCCAAUUUCAACUACAACCAAAUCAGACAAAGACAGCCAACAAUUGCAGGCGGAAUCCGCUGUCGAGAUCCAAGUGAUUCAGAAUAACCGUCUGAAAACAACCGGAAACUUAAGCGACGACGAUAUUUACACAGACUCAUCAAACUCAAAACCGAAUCAAAUCUUAGCCGAAAAAUCACUCUAAUGGUUGAAUGCUUUACGAGCUUUAGCUGUUAGUUUCUCAUGGUGCUUUUUAUGACGACGACGUAAUGACUCAGCGACGUAAUGACUCAUUGCUCGUAUCGAA